UUCUCAUUCUUCAAUUUGUCUUCUUGUAGUGUUCAGAGAGACACAGAGAAUUGCAUUCUUCUAGCAGACGAAAAAGAAUUGGCUUCUCAUCAACUAAUGGCGUAAAACUCAAAACCAAAUCCUCACACGCUUUCCUUCUCCAAAACGCCCAUUUCGUCAUUCAUAUGUAGCGUAGUCGGUAGUCUUCGAAGCUUUUUGCGUGUUUUUUUAGACUGACAAACGUAAGAAAACGGAAGACCCCAAAUCAAUUUCAUCACCUUUUGCAGUACCAGACUAAUUCAUACAGGUGGUUUCGCUUUCCUUUCAUUGAUUUCACGUCUUGUUUAGACGGGUAUUUCAAAGUUUGGUCUUCUGAAAUUUCCCUAAAUCUUGAACUAAGUUAGUCGGUGUACGGUGAUUGAUUGGCUGGAGAGAAAACCCAUGUGAUAAAUUUUUUUUAUAUUCGCGUUUUGCUCCAAGUGUGAAGAAAAGAAGGGAAUUAGAGGUCACGAGGGGGCUGAGAAUCUGAUUCGAGGAAGCUGCUUUUGUUUUGGUGAAAAACCCUCUUGUAAAAUCAUUUACAUUUUUCAUUAUGAAAUCUUCUUGAAUCGAGUUCUGUGGUAUAAGGGGACGAAACCCAUAUAAUAUGAGAGCGGGGUUGUUCUGAAAUGUGCAAAUACUUAUUCAUAACCCAAAAGUUUGAAAUUCAGGCGUUUUUAGUAGCUUAAAAGAAAAAUACCUGGAAGGCUGUGUGUGCGGAUAUUUUAAUUGCUGUUUUGGAUGGUGUUUUUGUCUUAGUAUAGAAGUUCAAGUGAAAUUGAAAGAUGGAUGGUACCAUGGAGGGAGAGGUUAACAAUGUUCACUCUGAUGGGUUGAUUCAGAACACAAAUGGGUUAUUAGAAGAAAAGCUUGAUGAGAUUCGUCGCAUUUUUGGAAAAGCAGAUGGUGACCCUUUGAGGAUUGUUGGUGUUGGCGCAGGUGCUUGGGGUAGUGUUUUCACAGCAAUGUUGCAAGAUAGCUAUCGUCACCUCCGACAUAAAGUAUUAAUUAGGAUAUGGAGAAGACCUGGAAGAACUGUUGACAGAGCAACAGCCGAGCACCUAUUUGAGGUGAUCAAUUCAAGGGAAGAUGUGUUGAGGAGACUGAUUAGGCGAUGCGCGUACUUGAAAUAUGUAGAGGGAAGAUUAGGGGAUCGAACUCUGUAUGCUGAUGAGAUUUUGAAAGAUGGUUUUUGCUUGAAUAUGAUAGACACUCCACUUUGUCCUUUAAAGGUUGUUACCAACUUGCAGGAGGCUGUGUGGGAUGCUGAUAUUGUGAUCAAUGGCUUGCCAUCGACAGAAACACGCGAGGUGUUUGGAGAAAUUCGUAGGUACUGGAAAGAAAGAGUUGUGAUGCCAGUUAUCAUUUCUUUGGCAAAGGGUAUAGAGGCUGAAUUGGAGCCUGAACCUCGCAUAAUUACCCCCACUCAAAUGAUCAAUCGAGCAACUGAAGUUCCCAUGGAGAACAUUCUCUAUCUUGGAGGGCCUAAUAUUGCGGCAGAAAUUUACAACAAGGAAUAUGCUAAUGCUCGGAUAUGUGGAGCUGAAAAGUGGAGGAAACCAUUAGCAAGGUUUUUGAGGCAGCCCCAUUUUAUCGUCUGGGAUAAUGGUGAUCUUGUCACUCAUGAAGUUAUGGGUGGCUUAAAGAAUGUAUAUGCCAUUGGAGCUGGUAUGAUAGCAGCGCUAACCAAUGAGAGUGCUACCAGCAAAUCAGUGUACUUUGCUCAUUGCACAUCAGAGAUGAUAUUUAUUACUCAUCUUUUGGCAGAAGAUCCAGAGAAGCUUGCAGGUCCUCUGUUGGCUGACACGUAUGUAACCUUGUUGAAGGGUCGUAAUUCAUGGUAUGGGCAGCAGUUGGCUAAAGGGGAAUUAAGCCUUGAUAUGGGUGAUAGCAUAAAGGGAAAAGGGAUGAUUCAGGGAAUCUCGGCGGUGAAAGCAUUCUAUGAGCUACUUAGUCAGUCCGGUUUGAGUGUUCCACAUCCCGAAGAAAAAAAGCCCGUUGCUCCAGUUGAGCUUUGUCCCAUCUUGAAGACACUAUAUAAAAUACUAAUAGUGAGGGAGCUUCCACCACAGGCCAUUCUUCAGGCUUUGAGGGAUGAAACCAUGAAUGAUCCCAGGGAUCGCAUUGAGAUUGCGCAAAACCAUGCUUUCUACAGAGCUUCACUUCUUGGUCAGUAGUAGCCUUGAGAAUACAUACCCCAUAUCCCUUUUACUUUGAAAACCUUGUCAAUUCACCGAAGGGGAUUUAAGUGAACUAGUUGUUGUAUCAGUCAAUUUUGUGGCAUGCUAUGUAGGACUCUGGAUUUGGACAGAAGUUGUGUGAGGUUUUUUUUUUUUUUUUGUUAGAUUGUGUUAUCUUGAUUUAUUUGUUUUUCAAUUCGUUUUUACUUGGAUAAAUUCUGAAAAUGUUGUUGUCUGUACAUUUGCUACCAAAAAUCUGCAUUGAUGAAAAUAUUUCAUCACUGAGUGGUGGGUUAAGUAGUGGAU